AUGUCUGAUACUUCACGUCACAGUGGACCUAUAGCUACAUUGUUGUUAGCGUUUGUUAUCAAAAUGGGUCUUCUCCAUAGCUGUAUGAGGAAGCGAAGUAACAAAGUUGGCAUUAUGACUGACGAAGAAGAAGAGGCUUACAAGAAAAUAGAAAGAGAGUUGAAAAACGAAGUACUAGAGGAUUCUAUUCCGAACAAACCCCUCCCGUGGUUGAUGUUUUGCACUUCAUUGACGGAUGGCGAAAAGGUGCACACUAACCCAGCUGAGGGAAACGAUGGAAUCUCUGAUGUUGUAAAGAACAAAGAUGGGAUGGCUUUCAACCUUGACUUUAAGCCGACUCUUCCAGCAAAACUUCCACCCAUCAAGGUUACAUCUUCCAGAAUUGUUCAAGAGGAUUAUGAAAAGUGGAAAGAGACACAGGACAAGAGUUUGAUGGAAAAACUGGAGAAAGCAAAAGUGAGAAGGGAAACAGUUCUUCGGAAGCGCAGAGUUACGGCAAAAAGACCAAAGACAGCACGGAACAGAGUUUCAAAGGAAGUUGAUUCAUCUGAAGGAUAAAUGGAAUCAAUAAC